GUCAUUCUCUGGGUCAUUCUUGUUGCCACAAUGUAAGGAAGGACAUUAUGGCUCUGGAGGGCACAGGAUAUUCUGCUGGAUUGGAUGGCCUCGGUUUGUCAUCCUAGGAGAAGGGAAGGCUGAGCGAGGGAGACUGGAUUCAAGUAGACAAAAUUAUGAGGAUAAUUAUAAGGACAGUUUAGGAUGCACAACUUUGCCGGCAAACCUACUACGCUUGCAUAAUAAGCUAAGAAGCUCUCAGUUUGUGAAUAAUUUCCAUCAUGAACAAAAGAAGAACAAAGGACAGCAGUUUAUCUGUAGGAGAGUGUAUUGCCGAGGUUCACAUGACAUUGAGAAAACGAUUCUGCCACCAUCUCCCUGGUAAACCAUUUGGAGUAGAAGUUCAGUACAAAAAUUUGAUGGAUCUUCUGAAACAAACAGCUGUUCAUGGGGAAAGCAACUCUGUCCUAAUUGUUGGUCCCCGAGGAGCAGGAAAAACUAUGCUGCUGAAAAGUGUGUUAAAUGAACUGAAGGAAAGAAAGCAAAUUGAGGAAAACCUUCUGCAAGUGCACUUAAAUGGGUUAUUGCAAACAGAUGACAAGGUUGCACUGAAAGAAAUCACAAGGCAGCUUCAGCUUGAGAAUGUUGUUGGAGAUAAAGUUUUUGGCAGUUUUGCUGAAAAUCUUUCUUUUCUUCUUGAAGCUUUGAAGAAAGGAAACCGCAGCAGCAGUAGACCAGUACUUUUUAUUUUGGAUGAAUUUGACCUGUUUGCUCAUCACAAGAAUCAGACAUUGCUUUAUAACCUCUUCGAUAUUGCUCAGGCUGCCCAGACACCUGUCGCUGUAGUAGGCCUAACUUGUCGACUGGAUGUUUUGGAACUGCUAGAGAAGCGGGUGAAGUCCAGAUUUUCCCACAGACAAAUUCAUUUGCUCAAUGCAUUUAGCUUCAGGCAAUAUAUGGAAGUGUUCCAGCAACAACUUAGUUUACCAAAAGAAUUUCCUGAUGGGAGAUUCGCACAAGAAUGGAAUCAAAAUAUUGAGUCACUGUGCAAAGACAAAACUGUGGUGGAUAUUCUUCAGAAGCACUUCAACUCCAGCAAGGAUUUCUGCUCUCUGCAUAUGCUAUUGAUGCUUGCUCUUAGACAUGUAACCAUUUCCAAGCCAAGUAUCCGAUCCAUGGAUCUUCUGGAUGCCAGUAGACAAUGCACAAUGGAUUCCAAAGCAAAUAUACUACAUGGUCUGUCUGUGCUGGAAUUCUGCCUAAUUAUUGCCAUGAAGCACUUGAAUUCCAUUUAUGAAGGACAGCCAUUUAACUUUGAAAUGGUUUACAAUGAAUUUCAGAAGUUUGUACAAAGGAAAUCUAACUCUUUGCAUUAUUUUGAGAAGCCUGUAAUUUUGAAGGCAUUUGAACACCUACAUCAACUGGAGUUGAUCAAACCAAUGGAAGGUGUAUCAGUCCGAACCCAGAAAGAAUUUCAGCUGGUGAAACUACUACUGGACAGCAGUCAGAUAAUGGAUGCACUGCAUAAGUAUCCACAUUGUCCAACAGACGUCCGUCUCUGGGCAUCAUCUCCUCUGGAAUAAGCCACUUCAAAUUGGAAUUUGUAAAUUAAGGAAUUUAUGUUUGUUUAUACAUUUUUACUGGAAAAUUAAAGAGACUUAUGGCAGUAAAUGAAAAUUAUUUGCUAAUAAAAUGCCAGAAAAAU